AUGAGAACAAAAGGUUCGUCGCAAAAUGGGGCUGACAAAAUCGGGUCCAUUGCCACCCCCGGUGCAGCAGCGCUUGCAGCUGGCUCCAAUGCGGAUCAACCGUUCAAGGAAACCAUUUUGCAGCUGCUGAACAAUCAACACACGUUGAUGACCCGCAUGGCAGAACAGAUGGCAAGCAUACAGGGAAACGUCCAGAACGCCAAUCGGAACGAGUUGGUGCUAGAUUCCCUCGCGAGCAAUAUCACCGAGUUCGCUUACGACCUGGAAAAGGGAUGCUCGUUCGACGCUUGGUUCUCCAGGUAUGCGGAUUUAUUCGAAAAAGACGCCUCUAAGCUGGACGACGACGCAAAGGUACGACUGCUGCUCCGCAAACACAAUCCCGCCGCACACGAAAGGUACACUUCGUUCAUUCUCCCCAAGCUCUCGAAGGAAUUUUCCUUCGACGAAACGGUUGCCAAAUUACAAACCAUUUUUGGUAGCCCCGUUUCGACCUUCCAUCGCCGGUACCAAUGCCUGCAGACGGCGAAGGAUGAGAACGAAGAUUUCAUCUCCUACUCCUGCAAAGUCAACCGCGCUUGUGUCGAUUUCAAGCUGCAGGAGCUCAAAGAAGACCAGUUUAAGUGCCUGAUUUUUGUGUGCGGGUUGAAGUCACCCAGGGAUGCUGACAUUCGGAUGCGCCUGCUUUCGAAAAUCAACGAGACGCAGGACAUAACGCUGGAGAAGGUAGUGGAGGAGUGCAAGAGUUUGAUAAACUUGAAGAAGGACACCGUACUCAUUGGGAGUCAGUCUGCCUCUUGGUCUGCCUCCACUUCCGGUGCUGCUGCAACGCAUGCUGUUCGAGCGAAUUCUCCCAACGGCAAUCGCCGUAAGAAGGACAAGUUUGGUGGCAACAAAUCCGACACGCCUAAAACGCCGUGUUGGUCAUGCGGCGGCAUGCAUUUCUCCAGCCAGUGCAGCUUCAAGAACCACAAAUGCCGUGACUGUGGCCGAACCGGCCAUAAGGAUGGCUAUUAUUCCUGUUUCGCAUCCAAGCCAAGCUCCAAGAAGAACAAGGGGAAGCAGCAAAACAAACACCACGCAGCCAAGAUCGUGACCGUGAAAAAUGUGAACCGCAGCCGGCGGUACGUGGAGACAGCGAUCAACGGGGUUCCAGUCGACUUGCAGCUGGACUCAGGCUCGGACAUAACGAUCAUCUCCAGGCAGAACUGGAUCAAAGUCGGAGCGCCCCAAACGUCUCUCCCUGAUUGUCAAGUGCAGACCGCAUCUGGCGACAGAUUGGGCAUCGAGUCCAUGUUUCGAGCAUCGUACACCAUCGGCGGAACGCAAAAGGAAGGCUCAGACCUCAUGGAUGAGUUUGGGCUCUGGGACGUUCCGUUUUCGUCGUUCUGCAAACUGGUCGGCAGCUCGCAACCAAGCCAGCAGGUGCUCGAAAUGAAGGAGAAGUUCCCCGAUGUGUUCACCAACCGUAUGGGACUGUGCACCAACACCCAGGUGCAUCUCACGCUCAAGCCGAACGUCCAGCCAGUGUUCAAACCGAAGCGGCCAGUUUCCUACAAUAUGGAGGCCGUUGUUGAGGACGAGCUGAAGCGGCUGGAGGAUUCUGGCAUCAUCACUCCUGUCACCUAUGCGGAUUGGGCGGCACCAAUUGUCGUCGUUCGCAAGCCCGAUCGCACCGUUCGCAUUUGCGCGGACUUCUCCACCGGGCUAAACAGUGCACUUGAAUCAAACAACUAUCCACUCCCACUCCCAGAGGAUAUUUUCAACCGGAUGGCGCAUUGCACGAUGUUCAGCCACAUAGAUCUGUCGGACGCGUAUCUUCAGGUUGAGGUCGACGAGGAAAGCAAGAAACUUCUCACCAUCAACACCCACAAGGGGCUCUACCGCUUCAACCGGCUUUCCCCCGGUGUCAAGAGCGCCCCUGGCGCUUUCCAACAGAUUAUGGAUGCCAUGCUGAGUGGUAUCCCGUGCACCUGUCCGUACCUCGACGACAUCCUGAUUGGUGGACGAACCGCCGAAGAGCACAAGCGGAACUUGUACCUUGUUCUACAGCGCCUACAAGAGUACGGGUUCACAGUCAAGCUCGAGAAGUGCCGUUUCUUCAUGCGCCAAGUAAAGUACCUAGGACAGCUUCUGGAUUCGGAGGGCACCCGCCCUGAUCCGGACAAGGUGAAGGCAAUCAUCAACAUGCCUCCACCUCACGAUGUCUCCACACUUCGAUCGUACCUAGGUGCGGUAAACUAUUAUGGCAAGUACAUACGAGAAAUGCGCACCCUACGCCAACCGCUGGACGAGCUACUCAAGGAGGGUUCCAGCUUCCAAUGGUCCGAUGCAUGCCAACAUUCUUUCGACCGUUUAAAGGAAAUUCUCCAAUCGCAGCUCAUGCUGACGCACUACAACCCUCGGCUAGAGAUUGUCGUGUCCGCAGAUGCGUCGAAUGUGGGCAUCGGCGCCCGCAUUGCACACCGAUUUCCCGACGGACAAGAGAAGGCCAUCUACCACGCAUCCCGAAGCCUGACGCCCGCCGAAUCUCGUUACAGCCAGAUAGAGAAGGAAGCUCUAGGUCUGGUGUAUGCAGUCACAAAGUUCCACAGGAUGAUCUACGGAAAGCAGUUUGUUCUCCAAACCGAUCACAAACCGCUCUUAGCGAUUUUCGGUUCCAAGCGUGGUAUCCCACCAUACACCGCCAACCGCCUCCAGAGGUGGGCGCUCACCAUGCUCCUGUAUGACUUCCGGAUCGAGUACGUCUCCACAGACCACUUCGGGCACGCAGACAUCCUCUCUCGCCUAAUCAACUCACACGUUAAGCCAGACGAGGAUUUCAUCAUUGCCUCGAUUGAGGUCGAAACAGUCAUCUGCAACGUCGUCUGUCAAUCCAUCGAGCAUCUCCCGAUCUCGUACAAGACGAUAGCCGCUGAGACCAGCCAGGAUCGGACAUUGCAGAAAGUUAUGGAGUACGUACAGAAAGGUUGGCCAAGCGAUGCAAAAUCUCUCUCCGGAACACCGGAGGUUCAGCAGUUCUUUGCGCGUCGUGACUCGCUGAACGCAGCUCAAAAAGUCCUGAUGUACAGUGACCGCAUUGUGGUCCCGAAGAAACUGCAGCAGAAAGUCCUUGAACAACUGCACAGAGGACAUCCUGGCAUCGAUCGCAUGAGGAAUGUGCCUCGGUCGCAAAAAACUGACACCAAAACGAAGCUCGAGUCGUGGCCAAUUCCCGAAAAACCUUGGCAAAGAGUACACGCAGAUUUCGCUGGACUCAUCAACGACACGUACUUCCUGCUAGUGGUGGACUCGUAUUCGAAAUGGCCGGAAAUCAUUCCGACCAAGCGCAUUACCACCGCUGCGACAAUUUCCAGUCUUCGAAAAAUCUUUGGGAGAUUCGGAAUGCCGGAAGUUCUGGUGACCGACAAUGGGCCGCAGCUAACCAGCGACGUCUUCGAAGAGUUCUGUGAAGCAAAUGGGAUUAUGCACCUCAAGACAGCACCGUUUCACCCCCAAAGCAACGGCCAGGUGGAACGCUUCGUCGAUACGUUUAAAAGGACCGUCAAGAAAAUCCAAGCGGGAGGGGAAGACCUGGACGAAGCACUCGACAUCUUCCUUACCUGCUACCGAUCAACUCCGUGCAGAAGUGCACCUGGUGGGAAAUUGCCCGCUGAAAUCCUGAUCGGUCGUCCGCUGCGCACGUCUCUGGAACUCCUUCGUCCACCCAGCAAGUUCACCAAGGCUACCAAUAGCAAGCAAGAUCAGCAGUUCAACGAAAAGCAUGGUGCCAAAGAGAAGAACUUUGAAGUACAAGACAAGGUGUACGCCCAAGUGCACCAAGGCAACAACUGGAGCUGGGUCGCCGGAGAAAUCGUGGAACGUGUCGGACGAGUGAUGUACAACGUGUGGCUUCCGGAGCGGCAACGUCUGAUCCGCUCUCACAGAAACCAACUGCGGAAACGCUACAAUGACGUCAACGAAGUACCGAACCAAGUUGAACCGUCCAUCCCUUUGGACAUACUGCUGGGCGCUUGGGGUCUCAAUCAACCUGAAGACUCCCAUGCAUCCAGUGUAGAACCGCCACCUGCAGAACCGGAAGGAUUCGACGACAUGCAACGACCCAAGCAACACACAUCUAGAGCAAUCGACCCGGAUGAAGCGCUCCUGCGUCGCUUCUCGAGACAGCGGCAUACACCGGUGCGCUACGAACCGUACCAGCUCUACUAA